AAGGAUGAUUUGGAAUAAUGAGCUGUCUGUUGUUUCUCUUUUUACGUCACAAGACCUUUGGCUUUUUUGUUCUUUUCAUUCUUUGUUCCUUAUUUUGUUUAUUUUUGCAACAAAUUAAAAACGCAGUUCUAUCAGUUAUAAUAGUAAAGAGCUAGUAAAGAUGAACUUUUAUGAAACUUCUCUCAAGUUUCAAACAAGUUGAAUAUUUUUAUAUCAUUGGCUGUUGACGUCAUAAGAGAAGGCAAUAUCUCUUAGCGCAGUAAACACCAAACACCUUUAUGCGAGUUAUUUUCCUCCUUGGAUAGGUAUUCGGGUUUUUCUCCACGUUUUUCUCAAGGUUGUUUUUCUCCAUUGCAAUUGGGGUUUUUUGAGCUUUUCCUUCAAUUUGUACAAGCUCUCUACAGCAGGCUGCCCAGGAGGUCUAAGGCCGGAGGCCGGAGGAGCUGAAAGCAAGCCACAACACAAAGACUGUCAGUGCCGCCGGGACCGAGCCGAGUGACCGCCGCCGCCAUGUCGGAAGAGCGCGGCUCCGACGACGAGCUGUACCGCUGGGAGGCUGCCUGUUACAGUGAGGUAGACUCUCAGCCCGACUACGAGCUGCAGCUGCACCAGGAGCGCGAGCUGACCGCCCAGAAACUGUGGCACCUCUUCCAGAGCAGUGCCACCUGUAUCGCCCACCUGCAUAAAGGCGCCUACGGAGGGACAGGGGGAGGAUGCGGUACCGAGCGGGGCGGGUCCCGCUGGAUGCCGUUCCAGACGGCCGCUGGGUCCGUCACCGCCCUCUAUAAAGAGUCCGUGGACGGUGUCCGGCGCUGUACCGAGUUGGGCAUCCUGCACGGUCAGCAGCGGCGUACCCGGGAGCUGCUGGCGCUCACCCGGCGCCGCCGGCUGCUCCGCCGGGAGGAGGUGCUCUCGCUGCUCUGCGGCCGACCCCCGCCGCCGCCCCGGAGCGGCCAUAGGUCGUCGAGCCGCCACCAGAGUGCGGCGUGGUCGUCCGCCGGCGGCCGAGAGAGGGAGUCACCGCCGUCCCGGCCAGGAGCGGAUAGUGCCGUUUGGAACGGCAUAUCUCCGGCUCUGGGCGGGUUCCGGCCGCCAUCCCCAGCCGCCGCCGCCGCCGCCGCCCCCGCCCCCGCCCUGCUGCGCCGGUCGCCGAGCCGCCGCCGCGCCAGCCGCUCGCUCUCACCCCUGGAUCUCACAGCAGUGAAGCGGCCAGCGACGCCUUCCUCCCCUUGCGAUGUGGUAAUGGACUCGCCCACGCACAAGAGACCACGUUACACGUAGCGGCCGGUCGAUCCCACUUUGAGAGACGCAGGAGAGGUCGCUGCUGGCUGGUGCGUAUGAUGUGCCUUGCGUCGUGCGAUGGUGACUUGUGACGUCACAUUCAGCUGGUGCCAGUGCGUUACGCUGUGGAUUACCGUGUUCCUAUCGUUUGUCCUGACCCCGCGCCGCGCUAUGACGUCAGAGUGACGUCAUUGAACUAACACGAGGCUUAUCGCGCUGCCCACUGUAUCUCGCCAGCGCGGCAGUGGAGGACGUAUACUGGUGCGAGUUCGGAGUGCGUGUAGCACUGAGAGUACCCCACCGAUGGUGCGCCGAGCCGCUAUAUCGCGUUGAUAUCGCGUGUGAUGUCUGAUAUCGCGUGUGAGGCGCUCACUGCUCAGACUGCCCGGCAGGGAACGCGCUACUGAGCCGUGGUAACAGGGUCGAUUACAGGUGCGCCUGCCGGCCACCCCAAAGGCAUUGACUGUAUUAUCGUGA